AUGGCUAUUCAAGAUAAACCACAAGCAUCAACGGCGCCGGCUACGAUCAAAGUCGGCGACCGAGCUGGCUGGUUGGAAGCGUUGAGGUCUCAACGGCCCGUCCUCGUACACCUCAAUGCCGAUACCACAUGGCUCAUUCAACUGCCUUAUCCUCCAUCGUCGGUCCCGCCUGCUGGUCGAAAGCAUUUUAAUGUUCUCAUCGACCCGUGGCUGCAAGGUCCGCAGUCCGACGUCGCGUCAUGGUUCUCCACACAGUGGCAUGUCGUCGAACCUAGCCUGAAAACUAUGGACCAACUCAAUUCAAUUCUUGCAGGCUUUGAAGACGGCUCCGAAACCCCAAAGGUCACUGACAGAUCAUAUAUCGACGUCGUGGCUAUUUCGCAUGAGUUCACCGAUCACUGUCACCAAGCGACUCUAGAAGAACUUCCAAAGUCAACGCCAGUGUUUGCUACUGAUAAAGCUGCUGACCUCAUCCGCUCAUGGAGUCACUUUUCUUCCGUCACCACUACCCCUGGAUUCUCCUCCGAAACAAAAGAUUGGAAGUCUGAUCUUAGCAUUUCCGGCCUCCCGCCAUGGGUCGGAAUUGGGCGCGUCAUCACGGAAGGAAACGCCCUGUAUUAUCAUUCGGCCAUUAUGAUUGCCUUUGACUCGGAAACACCGGAGACAAUAUUGUACUCUCCUCACGGUAUACAAGCAACAGAUCUAGAGUGCAUUCGCAAGUCCGGCUUCUCAACACUCGCUUUACUUCAUGGCCUCCACGACGUCCGCAUCUGGAUGACGAAACAGUUAAACUUGGGAGCUCUGAAUGGUAUCCAAGCUGUGGCUGAGACUGGAGCUCGGUAUUGGGUUGCGACACACGAUGAGGCAAAGGAGGGCGGUGGGAUCAUCGCACCACUGCUUAUGCGUACGCAAUAUACUCUUAAACAGGCUGUCGAGGCUGAAGAGGCAAGGAUGAAUGGCAAAGUUCCAGAAUACGAUUUCGUUGAGCUUGGCUCAGGGGAUGGACUGGUUUUGCAGUGA